CCACCGAUUCACCGACACUCAUUAUUUUUAUCAGUGUAGAAAGAGAAACAUCAUUAAACCAAACAGUUAACGAGAUUGAGAUCAAUCCCACCAAGAAUUAUCACAAAGGUUAUCGGGAAAUUCCAUGAAAACCGUCUGUUUUUCCUCCGUCGUUCCCGUAUAACCACCAUGCCGCCUCCGCCGCCGCCGCGGCGGAUUCCUCUAAUAACCGCUGCUUUCUCCUGCCUGUUCCUCGCCGUCGUUGCGGCGGCCGUUACUGAAGAUUCCGAUCUGGAAACGGGCUGCGACGGGCGAUGGAUCCACAUCCGCCAUCUCCCGCCGCGGUUCAACCUCGACCUCAUCUCCAACUGCUCUCAAUACCCCAUUUUCGACGAUUUCUGCCCUUAUCUCCCCAACCAUGGCCUCGGCCAGAAAACCCAUAGCUCCUCCCACAGCUGGUACCGCACCGACCCCUACAUGCUCGAGCUCGUCUUCCACCGCCGUAUGUUGGAGUAUCCCUGCCUCACCUCCGAUCCUUCCCUCGCCGCCGCCGUCUACCUCCCGUACUACGCCGGCCUCGACAGCCUCCGCUACCUCUUCGGCCCCGAGGCCAACUCCAGUUUCCGGCACGGCCUCGAUCUGUACGAUUUCAUUGCCCGCGUGGAUUCGCCCUCCGUGUGGGGAAGAAAUCUGGGUCACGAUCAUUUUCUGGUAAUGGCCCGCCCCGCCUGGGAUUUCACGCAGCCGGUGACCAACGACCCGCCGGUUUUCGGAACCUCGUUUCUUGAAUUGCCGGAGUUUUUCAAUUUAACGGCGUUAACCCUCGAGGCCAGAGCUUACCCUUGGCAGGAAACAGCGAUUCCGUAUCCCACUUCGUUCCACCCUCCGAAUUUAGCAUUCUACGAGUCCUGGGUGAACAGAGUGAAACGGUCCCGGAGAACCGCCGUGAUGCUCUUCGCCGGCGGCGGCGGGAUCUCCGCAAAUCCCAAUAUCCGGCGGAGCAUCCGCCUGGAGUGCGAUAACGCCACUAAUGUCAAUAUAAACGGCACUGGGUACCAAAAAGUUUGCGACUUUGUGGACUGUUCUAAUGGGAUUUGCGAGCAUGAUCCAAUCAAAUUCAUGAAGCCAAUGCUGCAGGCCACAUUCUGCCUGCAACCUCCGGGGGACACCCCAACCCGGCGGGCCACGUUUGACGGGAUCCUCGCCGGUUGCAUUCCGGUGUUCUUCGAUGAUCUGACCGCCAAAAAACAGUACAAAUGGCAUUUGCCGGUGGAGAAGUACCCGGAGUUUUCAGUGUUCAUACCAAAAGAGGAAGUUGUGUUCAAUGGAUUGAGAAUUGUGGAUGUUCUAAUGAGCAUUCCCAGAACUAAAGUAAGGAGGAUGAGAGAAAAGGUUAUAGAGAUGAUUCCCAGAGUGAUGUACAGAAAGCAUGGCAGUUCAUUAGGCUUGAGGAACAAGAAGGAUGCCAUUGAUAUUGCAGUGGAAGGCACCCUGGAAAGAAUCAAGUCUAAGCUUCAAGAACUCCCGGCUCAAUGAUUGUUUCUCGUUUCGUUUUAGAUUGAACUCAAGACCCCCUUUAUAUCGCCUCGACCUCGUCCCUGGCCUGUAGUCUAAGCCAUUCUUUCUUACUAUGUAUUUCAUGUUCCACUGGUAAUAAUAUAUUUCAAAGGAUUCAUAUCAUCUUUGCCCAGAUUCUAUUGCCAA